GAAAGACAGAAGAGAGAGAGUCAGAGAGGCUUGGUGGGUGGAAAAGACUUGGAUUUUGUUUAAUCCGCUGUGGUUUCCCUCUGACAGAGGAGAGGAGCAGCUCCCUGGUCCUCUCGUUGGCUCAGAGCUGGAUGGAGUGAAAGAUGAGGCCGGAUGACAUCAACCCGAGGACAGGGCUGGUGGUGGCCCUGGUCAGUGUCUUCCUGGUGUUUGGCUUCAUGUUCACUGUCUCUGGGAUGAAAGGGGAGACGCUGGGCAACAUCCCCCUCCUGGCCAUUGGGCCGGCCAUCUGCCUGCCAGGCAUUGCAGCCAUUGCCCUGGCCAGGAAGACCGAGGGGUGCACCAAGUGGCCGGAGAAUGAGUUGCUGUGGGUGCGCAAGCUGCCCUGCUUCCGGAAGUCCAAGGACAAAGAGGUGGUGGAGCUGCUGAGGACCCCUUCAGACCUGGAGUCAGGCAAGGGGAGCUCCGAUGAGCUGGCUAAGAAGGCAAGCCUCAAGGGGAAGCCCCCUCCUCAGGGGCCAAAUGAGGUGCCCAUGGCCAGCUCUAUCACCACCUCCAGCCCCACGGAGGAAGGAGAGUGUCAGAGCCCGGCCCAGAGUGGGCACCGGGAGGAGACCUCCAGAUACCUGGAUGGCUACUGUCCUUCGGGCAGUUCCCUCGCCUACAGUGCCUUGGACGUCAAGUGCUCUGCCUGGGACAGGUCCGAGUGCCCUGAGCCCGAGGACAGCAUUUUCUUUGUGCCACAGGACAGUAUCAUCGUUUGCUCUUACAAGCAGAACAGCCCCUAUGACAGAUAUUGUUGUUACAUCAACCAGAGCCAAGGCAGGUGGGACCAUGAGACAAUAGUCUAGGCUUCGCAGAGGAGAGUUCGCUGUGCAACUAAAAGCGUGACUACUACACUGAGCUCCCAAAAGAAGGCGCCUGCCCUGCUCCAACAGCCUCACCCUGUUAGAAGCGGGUAUGUGAUGGGCGUGCAGACCUCCAGUGCCCAAAAGCCGUGUAAAUAGGCAUGUUGGGGACACAUUUUAGGGAAAGGUGGUAAGGAUUAAGGACACUGAAAGAGGCUGUGAGUAGGUAAGGAAAUGGGACUGGUUGCUUUUUUAACAACUGAAAUCAUGUUAGCUACUUUGUAACCCCCCCAGGAGCUACCUGACCUCUAACUCUGGAGUAG